AUGGGAGGCUUGCCUUUAAUGAAUUUGAAUGGAAAUAUGUAUCAAAAAUUUAUGGAUUUGAAGAGGAAAGAUUUUUUGAUGAAAAUGUUUCAGGAUACAAAACUGAAAUAUAAAUUUGGGUUCAUGGUCACUUUCAUAAAUGAGCAUGAAUCAGAAGAUCCAGCAUUUAUAUUAAAAAUUUGA